AUGUCCUUCGAGGGGGCCAGGCUCAGCAUGAGGAACAGAAGGAAUGGCACACUGGACAGCACCCGGACGCUGUACUCCAGCAUGUCUCGGAGCACCGACGUGUCCUACAGCGAAAGCGACUUGGUGAAUUUUAUUCAAGCAAAUUUUAAGAAACGGGAAUGUGUCUUCUUUACCAAAGAUUCCAAGGCCACGGACAAUGUGUGCAAGUGUGGCUAUGCCCAGAGCCAGCAUAUAGAAGGCACCCAGAUCAACCCAAAUGAGAAAUGGAGUUACAAGAAACACACCAAGGAAUUUCCGACGGAUGCCUUCGGGGAUAUUCAGUUUGAGACUCUGGGGAAGAAAGGGAAGUAUAUCCGCUUGUCCUGUGACACGGACGCGGAGACCCUCUAUGAGCUGCUGACCCAGCACUGGCACCUGAGAACUCCCAACCUUGUCAUUUCUGUGACUGGUGGUGCCAAGAACUUCGCCCUGAAGCCGCGCAUGCGCAAGAUCUUCAGCCGCCUCAUCUACAUCGCGCAGUCCAAAGGCGCCUGGAUUCUCACUGGAGGCACCCAUUAUGGCCUGAUGAAGUACAUUGGGGAGGUGGUGAGAGACAACACCAUCAGCAGGAAUUCAGAGGAGAACAUCGUUGCCAUUGGCAUAGCAGCUUGGGGCAUGGUCUCCAACAGGGACACCCUCCUCAGGAAUUGUGAUGCUGAGGGAUAUUUCUCAGCUCAGUACAUAAUGGAUGACUUCAAGAGAGACCCUCUCUAUAUCCUGGACAACAAUCACACUCAUCUGCUGCUCGUGGACAACGGGUGCCAUGGACAUCCUACAGUUGAAGCAAAACUUCGGAAUCAGCUGGAGAAGUACAUUUCUGAGCGCACUAUUCAAGAUUCCAACUAUGGUGGCAAGAUCCCCAUUGUGUGUUUCGCCCAAGGAGGUGGCAAAGAGACUUUGAAGGCCAUCAACACCUCCAUCAAAAGUAAAAUCCCUUGUGUGGUGGUGGAGGGCUCAGGGCAGAUUGCAGACGUGAUUGCGAGCCUGGUGGAGGUGGAGGAUGCCCUGACGUCAUCCGUGGUCAAGGAGAAGCUGGUGCGCUUCUUACCCCGCACGGUGUCCCGGCUGCCCGAGGAGGAGACUGAGAGUUGGAUCAAAUGGCUCAAAGAAAUUCUCGAAAGUUCUCACCUAUUAACAGUUAUUAAAAUGGAAGAAGCUGGGGAUGAAAUUGUGAGCAAUGCUAUUUCCUAUGCUUUGUAUAAAGCCUUUAGCACCAAUGAACAAGAUAAGGAUAACUGGAAUGGGCAGCUGAAGCUUCUGCUGGAGUGGAACCAACUGGACCUCGCUAGUGACGAGAUCUUCACCAAUGACCGCCGAUGGGAGUCUGCAGACCUUCAAGAAGUCAUGUUCACGGCUCUUAUAAAGGACAGACCCAAGUUUGUCCGCCUCUUUCUGGAGAACGGAUUGAACCUGCGGAAGUUUCUCACCAAUGACGUCCUCACUGAACUCUUCUCCAACCACUUCAGCACCCUUGUCUACCGGAACCUGCAGAUUGCCAAGAAUUCAUAUAAUGAUGCCCUCCUCACAUUUGUCUGGAAACUGGUGGCUAACUUUCGGAGAGGCUUCCGGAAGGAAGACAGAAGUAGCAGGGACGACAUAGAUGUAGAAUUUCACGACGUGUCUCCUAUCACUCGGCACCCAUUGCAAGCACUCUUCAUCUGGGCCAUUCUUCAGAACAAGAAGGAACUCUCCAAGGUCAUUUGGGAGCAGACCAGGGGCUGCACUCUGGCAGCCCUGGGAGCCAGCAAGCUUCUGAAGACUCUGGCCAAGGUGAAGAGUGACAUCAAUGCCGCAGGGGAGUCUGAGGAGUUGGCCAAUGAGUACGAGACCCGUGCAGUUGAGCUGUUCACAGAGUGCUACAGCAGCGACGAGGACCUGGCGGAGCAGCUGCUAGUGUACUCCUGUGAAGCCUGGGGCGGAAGCAAUUGCUUAGAGCUGGCGGUGGAGGCCACGGACCAGCACUUCAUCGCCCAGCCUGGGGUCCAGAAUUUUCUUUCCAAGCAAUGGUAUGGAGAGAUUUCCCGAGACACCAAGAACUGGAAGAUUAUCCUGUGUUUGUUCAUUAUCCCCUUGGUUGGCUGUGGCUUUGUAUCCUUUAGGAAGAAGCCCAUCGACAAGCACAAGAAGAUCCUUUGGUACUAUGUGGCCUUCUUCACCUCCCCGUUUGUGGUCUUUGCCUGGAACGUGGUCUUCUACAUUGCCUUCCUCCUGCUCUUUGCCUAUGUGCUGCUCAUGGAUUUUCACUCCGUACCACACUCCCCCGAGCUGGUCCUCUACGCACUGGUCUUUGUCCUGUUCUGUGAUGAAGUGAGACAGUGGUACAUGAAUGGGGUGAAUUAUUUUACUGAUCUGUGGAAUGUCAUGGACACACUUGGGCUUUUUUACUUCAUAGCAGGCAUUGUGUUUCGGCUCCACCCUUCUAAUAAAACCUCUCUGUAUUCCGGACGAGUCAUCUUUUGCCUGGAUUACAUUAUAUUCACUCUAAGGUUGAUCCACAUUUUCACUGUAAGCAGAAAUUUAGGACCCAAGAUUAUAAUGUUGCAGAGGAUGCUGGUUGACGUGUUCUUCUUCCUGUUCCUCUUUGCGGUGUGGAUGGUGGCUUUUGGCGUGGCCAGGCAAGGGAUCCUCAGGCAAAAUGAGCAUCGCUGGAGGUGGAUAUUCCGCUCAGUUAUCUACGAGCCCUAUCUGGCCAUGUUUGGCCAGGUGCCCAGUGACGUGGAUGGUACCACGUACGACUUCUCCCACUGCACCUUCACUGGGAAUGAGUCCAAGCCCCUGUGUGUGGAGCUAGAUGAGCACAAUCUGCCUCGCUUCCCCGAGUGGAUCACCAUCCCCCUGGUGUGCAUCUACAUGCUCUCCACUAACAUCUUGCUGGUCAACCUGCUCGUUGCCAUGUUUGGCUACACUGUGGGCACCGUCCAGGAGAACAACGACCAGGUCUGGAAGUUCCAGAGGUACUUCCUGGUGCAGGAGUAUUGCAACCGUCUGAACAUCCCCUUCCCCUUCGUGGUCUUCGCCUACUUCUACAUGGUGGUCAAGAAGUGCUUCGGGUGCUGCUGCAGGGAGGGAAACGCCGAGCCUUCCGCCUGCUGUUUCAGAAAUGAAGACAACGAGACUCUGGCGUGGGAGAGUGUCAUGAAAGAAAAUUACCUUGUCAAGAUCAACACGAAAGCCAAUGAUGCCUCGGAGGAAAUGAGGCAUCGCUUUAGACAGCUGGAUACAAAGGUGACAUCAGAAGUCUAGGUGGGAACAAGUCAAGGAAGGCUGAGGAAGAGCUCUGUUACUGACCACUCAGUGAGAACUAUUCAGGCCCUGGGUGUGCCCAGCAGAUGGUUUUCAUCGCCACAGUGUGCUCAAAUCUGAGAAACAGACAUGUGAUUGGUUUCACACGAGAAGAUGGAUGUGAAGGAAGAGCUUUUCCUGAGGGCUGCCCUGUUACUUCCUGAGUCUCGAUCACUCGUACUCGCUGUGGAUCAUUAUAGAGUGUGUUCCUGCACUCCCCUUCUUUCUUCACUUCUCCCGCUUCUGACCCAUGCGUAUUACAUCUCUCCUGGGAUUAAGAACCGGGUCAGACCUCUCCUCCCAUGCCACUGUUGUUUAGCGCAAUCACUUCUCUGCUCCUUCCCUUUGUGGAAUAUGUGACUAGUUAGUUUAAAGUCUGCCCAGUCAGGGCUGAUUCUGAACCACGGUGGAGCAAGAGGGCCCUGCUCUUCUCAGGAAAGACUAUUCUCACUUCUCAUUAUGCUUUUUAUUUAUCAGUGGAGGUGACACACCCGCAUCCUGUCUUCUCCCACUUCGCCAGGAGCUCUUAAAGAUGUGAAGAUGAAGAAUCACUCUGAAAUGGGACCUUGGGAGGCACCCCUGAUUUUGUAUUCAGGGGGUGCUCCUUUCUUCUCUUACUCAUUCUUUUCUCAGUAAAAAUAACCCAUGGAUAUUAUAGAAAAUUCAGACUACAUGGAAAAGUAGAAGGAGUAUAAAUAGUCCCACUAGUGGUUAAAGAUAAUCACUGCUAACAUUUUAGGGUGUGUUUCCAAAUCUAUUUUUUUCUAUGCAUAUUUUAUUUCUCCUAUAAGAUUUUACAUGAUGUCAUCAGACUACAUAUACAAUUUUGUAUAAGCCUUUUCACUUAGUAUUUUAUCAAGGAUGUUUUUGUUAUAUUCAUGGUCUUCUUAAACAUUAUAUUAAUGAUUCAACCUCCAGUGAUUUCCGUAGUGCAGGUCAUUGAAGGCUGUUUCCAGUAGGUUGGGGGGAUGAGCUUCUUGGUGCAUGCAUCUUUUUCUGCAUUUGGGAAAUUUUUCCAUAGCUAGACUCCUGGGAGUAGAUAUUGAUUAUCAAACCAUUUACAAGGCUUUUUCAUAAAUGUAUAGCAAAUAGGAAUUAUUAACUUAAGUCUAAGAUAAGAGGCUCUUGAACUUAGAACUCUUAACAUAAGGUAUUAUAUUUAAUCCUUCGCCUAGGCAGAAAUCAACAUGCUUACUUAAAUAUUUUUGUGAGAUGCGUGAACUUAGAACUCUUAACAUAAGGUAUUAUAUUUAAUCCUUAGUUUAGGCAGAAACCGACACGCUUACUUAAAUAUUUUUGGAAAUUGGAGGUAUUGGUUUAGAAUUGGGGAGAUCAUCUAGCUGAACACUUCUAGUCUCAGCUUUCUCUGGAAGGGGAGGUAGCUUUGCCUAAAAGAUGUGCUAGAAGAACAUAAGGCACUUUAAAUGUCCAUAAUUAGUUUUUCCAGCUUUGACUAGACUAUAAACUCAGUGGCUGAAGAAGGAAAUCUUGGAAGGAAGCUAUUAAAAGAUCAUCUAAUUAAAAAAACUACAAAAGCAUGAACCAAAAAAAGUGUUUUAUCAUUUUGUCUGGGCUUUAGUUAAAAUGAUUACUCACAACAUUCAUAAUGUUGGCAGGGAAUGAAUUCAUGGGAAUGAAUGUCUUUUUUACUUAAACCUUAUUAAUGGCUUAAAGGGGAAUCCUCUUCAAUAGGGUUGAGGAGCUCGUGGUUUCAGAUGCUGAAAGUAGAUGGAAUAAAAUUUAUAUGACAGAAAUUGCCAAUGAGUGGAAUUUUCAAAACUUCUCUGUUUGUGGGAGAAUGUUCCUUUUGUUUCAACUAGAGUAUCUGCCUUUUCUAAAGCCUCCAAGAAGAGUCCUAGGUUCUCUCCGUACUGCCUGGGAAAAAGAAAGUGUGUGGCAGUGUAUGUGUAAGGAGUCUCAGCCUCUUACUCUCAUUCAAAUAGUGAAUUUGAAUAAAGUCAGUAAAUAAAACUAUUUUCAGUUUGUCUCAUAAGACAAAAUUUAGCAUUAACUAUUGGCCGAUCCCCCUCAACCUGUUCGUCCAUACACUCCUAUCUCCAUUUGUCCGUGUUUUUGUUAGUUUAAGAAAAAGACCCACACACACCUUAGUAACAGCAGCACAAGAAGUUCUCCUGUUGACGAUAGUGAUGGAGAAACUGGCCCAUAC